UCUCUCUCUCUCUCUCUCUCUCUCUCUCUCUCUCUCUCUCUGAGAUACACUCUGGCACUCGCAGGCGUCCGGCUUCACACACGCCAGGAUCUUCCCACUCUACCUGACCGCUCUAUACGCGGCACAGCGGACUCCCACGCUGCCGUCCGUCCGUCCUGAGUGAGAGGAGGAGGAGAAGAAGAUACGGAGCGAGAGAGAGAGAGAGAGAUACAGAGAGGGAGGGAAGACUGCAGCAGCUGUCCUCAUCCUACAGCGAGUGGAACUACGGCUCUCCUUCCGUCCGUCCGCUCUUCUCCUCUCCUCUCCUCCCUCAUCCCCUCGUUUUCAUCAUGAACCUGCUCUUAUCUGGUUGCUAAGGAGGUGAGAUCGAGCUCGGAGGAGGAAGUGCACACGGCGGGAAUUUGUUGCUAAGGCCCUGAGCUGCAGUCACAUCGUCAUGGAAGAGGAACGAGCCGUGAGCGGGGCUCAGGCCAAGCAGGAGCAGGAGCAGGAGCAGGAGGAGACGGUGGAGACGGUGGAGACGGUGGAGGUGGCGGAGACGGUGGAGGUGGCAGAGACGGUGGAUACAGUGGAGAGGGCGGAGACGGUGGAGGAGGUGGAGACGGUGGAGAGAUCGGAGACGGCUGAGAGGGUGGAGACUGCAGGGACCACAAGGACAGCGGGGAUGGCGAAGACUGCAGGAACAGAUCCUGAGGAGGACUCGCCAAACAUGAUCGUCUACAGGAAGAUUGAAAACAUAAUCACCAGAAUCCAGGAUGAGACGGACGGAGUGCCCAUCAGAACCGUCAAGAGCUUCAUGUCAAAGAUUCCCAGCGUGGUCACAGGUUCAGACAUCGUUCAGUGGCUGAUGAAGAAUCUUUCCAUCGAGGAUCCCGCGGAGGCCUUGCACAUCGGGGGUCUGAUCGCUGCUCAGGGAUAUAUCUUUCCCAUCUCGGACCACGUGCUCACCCUGAAGGACGACAGCACUUUUUACCGCUUUCAGGCACCGUACUUUUGGCAGUCGAAUUGCUGGGAGCCGGAAAACACAGAUUACGCCAUUUAUCUGUGUAAGAGAACAAUGCAGAACAAGACUCGGCUGGAGCUAGCAGACUAUGAAGCGGAGAACCUGGCGAGGUUGCAGCGAGCGUUCUCCAGGAAGUGGGAGUUCAUCUUCAUGCAGGCCGAGGCUCAGGUUAAGAUUGACCGGAAGAAGGAUAAGACGGAGAGGAAGAUCCUGGACAGUCAGGAGCGGGCGUUUUGGGACGUUCACAGGCCAGUGCCAGGUUGUGUCAAUACCACUGAAAUGGACAUCAGGAAGUGUCGCCGCAUGAAAAACCCACAACGAGUCAAGAAGUCAGUGUAUGGUGUGGCAGAAGACACACAGACGCAGAGUCCUGUACACGCACACUCGCAGCAAAACAGGAAGAACACCAAGGAGGACGUCGAGAAGGAGAUUUUGUUCCUGAACACUCAGCUGGAUCGACACUGCAUGAAAAUGUCCAAAGUGGCAGAAAUGCUGAUAAGCUACACCGAGCAGUACCUGGAGUAUGACCCGUUCGUGUCCCCCCUGGAGCCCUCCAACCCCUGGAUCGGCGAUGACAUCACUUUCUGGGAGAUGGAGGCCAGCAAAGACCCAAGCCAGCAGAGGGUUCGGAAAUGGGGAUUUUCUAUGGACGAGGCUUUGAAGGAUCCGGUCGGCCGUGACCAGUUCCUUAAGUUCUUGGAGUCUGAGUUCAGCUCGGAGAACCUGCGAUUCUGGUUGGCGGUGCAGGAUUUCAAGCGACGCCCCCUGCAGGAUGUUCCUGCUCGGGCUCAGGAGAUCUGGCAGGAGUUUCUUGCUGAAGGUGCUCCGAGCUCCAUAAACCUGGACUCACACAGUUAUGAGAUAACCAGCCAGAAUCUCAAAGACCCUGGACGCUACAGCUUUGAGGACGCACAGGAUCACAUCUACAAGCUGAUGAAGAGCGACAGCUACACCCGGUUCUUACGCUCCAGCGCUUACCAGGACCUCCUGCUCGCCAGAAAGAAGCCUGAAAGUGAGCAGGGCCGCCGCACAUCUCUGGAGAAAUUCACCCGCAGUGUGGGUAAGUCUCUGACAGGGAAGCGUCUGACGGGCCUCAUGCAGUCGUCCUGACGAGCCCCGGGCCGUGAUUAACCUUGUUAAACCCGGAGGAGGAAGCAGAGGAAGCGGCCCGAUGCUGUUCGGCGAUACAGCAGACACACCGGCCGUCUGCUUCAACUCAACGGCGUAGCCACAGACUCUACGGCAUGCAAUAAGUCAACGAAAACCUUACAAACGUGGACUGUCUGUAUUUAACCCGAUUAUAUCCAAACCUCCGAUAUGAGAUAACAAAAGACUGCGCAUAUGAAUGUCAGGUUUUUAUUUCUGUCUACUCUGUACCAGCAGUGACCAAGGGAACAAAACACUCACUGCUUUAAUGGAUAUUUAAACAGUCUGUCGUCUACUUCAUCCUCUUUUCAUGACAUGGAGCAGAAGAAGAGCUUUCAGUCCCAAACAUUCCACAGGAGAGAAAAGAUCCAAGGGCUUUUCGGAAGCCGUUCCUCAGCGAGGAUUUGCACAGUGUUUGUUUCGUCCGGCGUCCAGCGUCUUAAGUGUUAUCCCACGCAACGCAACUCGGGUUUAUUUUCAUACGUUUCAGAAAAUCUCACUCAGAGACCUUUCUACGUUGGUUUAAACUUUUCAUGUUUAGACAGGUUCAUGUGAAAUAGCUAAAGCAAACUUCUUUUUUUAAAGAUAAAAAUCUAGUACAUCUGUAAUGUGUGUGUGAUUAACAUGAGGAGGAAUUUGGGUAUAUUUCCCUGCACUGAUAAACAAACAAACAAACCAACAAACAAACAAAUAAAUAACAUAGGGAGCGCUUUUAUAGGAAAAUAAUCAAUGACUAAAUAAAGUUAUUGUUUCCACACCAAAGUUGAUUACUUUCCCAAAACAGUGGUAAAUGUUUCAUUCCUCUCAUACCCCAGGAAUUUCCUAUGACCACUAGGGCAUGCUGGGAAGCCUGGCGUUUCCAUGGGAACUGAAAUAAUCUGUUGGAGUUGGUUCCAUUUUCAAAAAUGACCAAACAUUUGUAUUCUGUGAACAGGGAAAAAAACAUAAAUGUGGGAAUUUUACAGAUCUGGCAACACAACACUGCUACCACUACACUGACCCUUAGAGUUUGGAGGAACCUGAUUUUUCACCAGAGUCUAUUAUUUGUGGUAAUCACACAUAUGGUACAGAUGUAGAAGAUGGAAAAUAAGGUGGAAAAACACUGGAGUUUCCUUUUAGGUGCUUUCACACUACCAAAAAUAAGCACAGUGACUAUUCUUUAUAUUUCUUGACCAAUCAGAUUGAUUAUUAGGGGUUAAUGAGCAAUUAUGAGAUAAUAUGAGAUAAUAUUUAAUUGUUGAUAUUUGAAAGUGGCAAAAGAAAAGAACAGCGUACGAUCAGCGGGACGUUUGUUGGUAUGCACAAUGAUGUUACAGAGACAUGCUGAUUUGAUGGCCGAUCAACGAUACCGAUUUUAAGAAUAAAGUCGUAAUAUUUCACGAAAAAUGUAGUAUUUUAAGGAUAAAUUGGAAAUAUUUCAAGAAUUAAGUUUUAAUAUUUAGAUUAAUUAUAUAUAUUACCUACACUGCGUGUCCUUCUCUAUCCGCCCUGAACAGCGUCUAAGAUCGGAAUAAACGUGUCCCAAAUUGCAGCGUGUUGAAAUGAGGGUCCCUGAGUUACUCUGGUGGUCUGCUAUUUCAGGUAUAUACUAUUUCUGGAUCCGUGGCUACUUUCACAGCGAAUGUUACCCACAAUUCCUUGCGCAAGAGAGGAGUAUUGAAUGAAGAAAAGCUUGAAUGCAGAAGGGAGUGUGUUUACGCAGACGGUUACUAGGCAACAGCCCGGUUUAAAUCUUUACCUUAAAUGACAAAUCUUACGUAUCCUGGUAGUUGCGUUAUAAACUCUUUGCUACACGUUUAAACGUAUUUAUUUUCCUCACAGAAUGAGCACAUCCCUUUAGUCCGUAGGAGAAUCAGGCGAUCUGGGACGUAGCACAAAAAGGCAUCGUAGCUAGGUGAUGUGAUGUGAUGCCUUCGUCUUCAUUUUCUUCCUCAAGAUCUACACCAAACACCAAACACCGUCCUCACCUCCAGAGUUACAGCAAACUUUUUUUUAAAAUUUCCGCUGCUCUCAUGCUUGGCUUCGCUAGCUACACCAUGCUAACUGGGAUCGUUAAGCACGCUGUUUGAGGUUAAGGCAGUAUUUUUGUUUCUCUUUUUUAAUAAUGAAAGUGUGAAAGCAGUGUUUCAGAGGUGCUUUUGAGAGGUGAAUGUAGACGGACAGCACAAUGACCACAAGUUUUACACAAUAUUCAUUCCACCUUACAUAGGAACUAAUAACACACUUCUACUUUAACCUAUCUCAUCUAAACCUCUUUAUCUAACCUGCCUGCCAAAAUGAAACUGUAAAUAUACUCUGAAUGUAGAAGACACACACACACAAAUACACACACACACAUUCCUUUCCUAAGAGUCUCUGCCAGCACCAGAGGACCUCAUGCUCGGACUAAGGCUAAGUUUCCCGUCCAGCGUUGUCUCUUUUACAAACAAACAACCAACAAACAAACAAACAAACGCUGCCAUUUCAGGAAGCUGUGUAUCUUAAAGCGGUUCAUGAAGCGCCAUCACUGCCAGAGAUGCAUGGAGACAAACAAAACUAAAAGACACUCUGAAGGACUCAUCGGCCCAUAAUCAGCUCAUCAUCAGUGUGAGGUGAGGCGAGGCGAGGCACCUGCUGUGAGUGAGGAAGUCUCCUCCUCCUCCUCCUCUCCCCCCGUCUUCGUCUGGUCCUGCUUUGUGAAACGAUAUGAAGCGUGUAACAUAGUCCGUGUAUUUAUCCUCACUGCAGCCAGUGCGCACAUAGAGAAUGCUGUGUAGAAAAUCCAGAGCGAUUAUUAUUAUUAUUAUUAUUAUUAUUAUUAGAGGCACAACAAGCACAAAACUAUGCAUGGGACAUUUCUAAAAAUGGAUUUUACAGCUUUUAGGGGUUUAUUUUUCUGUCUUUUUUUUGUUGUUGUUAUUUUUUCCAGAGAUAAAGAUAUUAGAAGUGAUGAACGAAUAGAAGGAUGUCACGUCCCGAAUAAAUCAAUAAAUAACCAAUAAACAGCUCAGCGAAUCAGAGUCCUGGGUUUAUUUUUCUAUCAUUUGAUAUCUAUAAAGUUUUGGCACCCCUUUGUGUUUGUAACUGUUAUAGAAAAGCUUCUUGUUUCAUUAAGAUUGCAGAUUCUAGAUCCUGAAGCUUGUGGCCAGAAAAGCAAACGUAAAGAUCUUAAAUGCACAAUGUCAUAUAGAUAAAGUGACAUCAUGAAACUAAAGGAAGCAUUUAAUCUAAAAUAUAUUAAUGUUUAUUCAUAUUUAUAUUGAACUCUUUAUGUAAUAUCUGUGAUGUUGAUGUCCUGAGGGUUGGUGUUCUUCUGGAAACUAAAAACAGGAGUUUCUUCUCACUCAUGAGGAGUCUAGAAGUAUCAGAUACGCUGCUGCUAACGCUGGACUCAACGUCCCAGAAUGCCGUGCAGCUGUGUAUAACAGAAUGCUGAUGUGGAAGCUGACAUGUUUGAGCAGAGUGAACAGAUGAGGAAGUGAGAGAGAUGGAGUAAACGUGUAAAGGACUAAAGAGCCGCCGCAUCUCUCUUCAUCGCUCACCGCUAUCGGCAGGUGGCUGAGUCAUGGGAGGUUUGAGGCAGUACAUGUGAUAUCCCCGAUCACAGUCAUCACAGAACAGGAGCUGAUCCUGAGAGAGAGUUACACACACACACACACACACACACACACACACACACACACACACACACACAAACACACACACACUCACUCACUCACUUCACCAGUGUGUGACAAAGCUAACGAUGAGCACUAGAGUGUUGUGAGCUCUUACGUCGUUCUCAGAG